AUGGACUCAGAUGUGUUAACGUAUGAGGCUGAAAAGUUGAAAGAGUUUUCCAGAUCCAAGGGACUUUUAUUACCAAAUUUGGAGGAAAUUGAUCCAAUUGUUGACAUAGAAGAUUAUAACCUUUCAAUAAUUGAUAUCACCAACAAAUUUGAGGGAAUAUAUACUCUUAUUCAGGACAUAAGAGCCAGGAAAUUUAAGUAUGAUAAUCUAACUAACUGGAACCCUUUUCAAUUUGAGUACUCUCAUGGUUGUAAACCUUUCUUCACGAAAAAUAUUGAAAAUUUUGGUUAUGAUCCUAGCACAUCCAACUGCAAGUGCCCUGAAAAGCAUUUUCCUUGUAGUUUAAAUCAGGCUCUUUCUGACAUCUCAAACUGGUCAAAUAACAUACUUGAGCAAGAUAUUGAUAAGCCUGUUGAAGAAUUAACCAUUGUUAUAGACGGCCUCAAGAAGAUAGACAUCUACGGUAAUUCAAUUAAGAAAGGAGGUGAACUAAGUGUCUUGAAUAAACCAAAAGAACAAGACCAAUUAAACCUUGAGGACCAAUUUUGUAAGAGUUCUGAAGUUAUUCUAUGUUCAUCUAAGGUACUAGGAACCCAAAAUACUCAGUGGUCAGAUUGGAGUGGUUGUAGUAGUAAGUGUGGUCACGGAACACAGGAAAGAUUCAAAAUAAGUUACAACGGAAAUAAUUACAAGCUACUUAAGGAAUCAAGAGCAUGUGAAUUAUCCAAAUGUUCAAACAAAUAUAUCAAUGAUGGAGUUAAAUGUGCUCUAAAAACAACAACAACCCAAAAAUCAAAAAGAUUCACCAAAAUAGGUGACCAAUCAGACGAAUCCUAUCAAAUAGUAAAAUGUGAAUGUAAUGAAGGUGAAAGAUUGUGCAGUUCUGAUGAAGCUUACAAAUCAAUAGAUGAGUGGAUUUCAACAUUUAGAAAAUAUUGUGAUUCAGAGCUAACGAAGGACCCUGAUUCGAACAUAUUACAAGGAGAUAUCAUGGGUAACAAAAAGGAAAUCUUCGGGAAAAGAUUGAAAAUUGAAUUUUCAGAUGGUUUCUACUUCGACUGCUCUGAGAAUUGGGGAAUAGGAAAACCAAAUGACUUACACAUAUACUGUAAAUCAGGAUCGCCGGUGUUGUGUACAAAAGAAACUCCAAUCGAUUAUCCCGAAUGUAAGAUUAUUGCCCUAGAUAUAAUAAAAGUAGUGCCAGUCUCUUUUGCUGAGAUUCUCCCUGAUUUAACAGGAAAAAAUGAUUAUUUUGGGUUCAUUUUAGUGGGCUUAGUGCUAAUAUUUUGUAUAAUUCUAUUUAAAAAAUUCACAAGGAAACACCAAAAAUAA